ACUGCAGCCAAGAAACAAUACCUACCCCGUCGCGUAACUAAGAUGGCGGCCUCCAUGUCUGUCGCACGUUUCGCACGACUUCGGUCCUGUUUCACCGUUUCUUCGAGGGCAGUCAGCUACACUAACGGGCAUACGCUUGGCCGAGCUAAUGGUCAAGCUGUGAAAUGCAGACCUGUGAGAAUCCCUCCACAGUUUCCCGAGUAUCUGAGACUCCGACAUGUCCACAGCAGAACACUUCACACAGGAUACAGACUACUGUCGGAGAGUCCUGCAGCAGAGACUGAGGAGCCUGACCUUCAUAACAUCAUCAAGGACACAGAAAAGGUCACAGGAUCUGGAGAGGAGCACAGUUUCCAGGCCGAGACCCUCAAACUGUUGGACAUCGUAGCCAAGUCUCUCUAUUCUGACAAAGAGGUUUUUGUCAGGGAGCUUAUAUCCAAUGCCAGUGAUGCCCUGGAGAAGCUGCGGUACCUGUCCCUGACACAAGGGGGCAGCAGUGAGCCAGCGGUGCCCCUGGAGAUACACCUGGGUACAGACCUGGUGCAGGGAACCUUCAUCAUCCAGGACACGGGCGUCGGACUCACGCAGGAGGAAAUCAUCGAAAACCUCGGAACUAUCGCUCGAUCUGGGUCAAAGGCAUUCCUGAGUGAGCUGGAUAAUCGCGGUCAGUCAUCGACAGCGGCCAGCAGCAUUAUCGGUCAGUUUGGUGUGGGGUUCUACUCCACCUUCAUGGUGGGCAGCAAGGUCCAGGUGUUCACCCGCUCGCACCUGCCUGACAGCCCCGGGUACUGCUGGACAUCAGAUGGCUCUGGUUCGUACGAGCUCGCGGAGGCUGAAGGUGUUCAGCGCGGUACGAAGAUCGUGGUCCACCUCAAGCCGGAGUGUAUGCAGUUUGCACGAGAGGACGACAUCAAAGAAAUCGUGACCAAGUAUAGCAACUUUGUGAACUGCCCUAUCUACCUGAAUGGGAAACGGCUCAACACUGUAGAGGCACUUUGGAUGCUGGAUGCCAAGAAUGUGACGGAGGAACAGCACGAGGAGUUCUAUCGUUUCCUGGCCAACGCUUACGACAGCCCGCGGUACCGGCUACACUACCAAACCGACGCUCCUCUUAACAUCCGUAGCCUGUUCUACAUCCCUGCACACAAGCCGACGAUGUGGGACAUGAGUCGACAGGAGGGCCAUGGUGGCGUGGCCCUGUACAGCCGGCGGGUUCUCAUCCAGCCAAAGGCUGAAACCAUCCUGCCCAAGUGGCUACGCUUUGUGAAAGGUGUGGUGGACAGUGAGGACAUCCCCCUGAACCUGAGUCGAGAACUGCUACAGGACAGUGCACUCAUCAGGAAAAUCCGUAGUGUCCUGACCAGCAGGAUUGUGAAGUUCCUGAGUGACAAGGCGCGGCGGGAUGCCGACACGUACAGGAGGUUUUUUGAGGAUUAUGGGUUCUACCUGCGAGAGGGCAUCGUCACUACGGAGGACCAGGAUGAGAGGGAGUCCAUAGCAAAGCUGCUGAGAUUUGAGUCCAGUGCAGAGCCUGAGGGAACCCUGGUGGGGAUUGAGGAGUAUUGUAAGAGGAUGAGGCCAGGACAGAGGAACAUCUACUACUUCUCAGCACCCAGCAGACAGCUGGCUGAGACAUCGCCGUACUACGAAGCACUGAAGAAAAAGGACAUCGAGGUGCUGUUCUGCUAUGAGCAGUAUGAUGAGUUAGUGCUGCUACAGCUGCGCCAGUUUAAAACCCUGAACCUGAAGUCCAUUGAGAAUGAAGUCCUGGAGAGUGAUAAGGUGGAGGACAGUACAGAGGACAGCAAAGUCACCCUGAGCCCCAGUAAGGCAGACGCCCUCAUGGACUGGAUGAGGUCAGCACUGGGGGAGAAAGUCACCAACAUCAAGGUGAGCACGCGUCUGGACUCCCAUCCUGCCAUGGUGACAGUGAUGGAGAUGGGCGCGGCCCGGCAUUACCUGCGCACGGCGUUCGCUGGACAGUCUGAGGCAGAGAGGUGGAAGUUCCUACAGCCAACACUGGAGAUUAACAGCAGCCAUCCAAUCAUGCUGAAGCUUUCUGAGCUGAAGUCUAGUGACCCGGAGCUGGCCAGACUGGUAGCUGAACAGGUGUACGACAAUGCCCUGGUGGCAGCAGGUCUGAUCGAGGAUCCUCGCUCCAUGCUCAACAGACUCAACGAGCUGCUGACACGAACCCUCGACAAACACUGACCCUGGAAUAACAUUGACCCCUGACCUAUGAACCUGGGACACACUGACCUCUGAACCCUGGGACACACUGACCCUUGUCCUUUCAAAUCUAGUCAUUUCUCUUCUUAUACGUUUGAUAGAAAAUGUCUUUUUUUUAUACAGGAAAAUUAGAAAAGCCCUUAGCAUUAAAUAUUAGAUAAGACAGUAAAUUUGGUGAACAUAAUGUGUAAAGUGGCUUCUUGAAAGAUAAAAAUGUAGUUCUGAAAGCUUUUUAUUACUUAUUGUACAUGCCAUAACUUUUGCAUUAAAUUUUUCGUUUGUUAUAAAUAACAAUAGGUAGUUAAGACAAUCUCUUUAACUGUGCAGUAUCCUUUACAGAGGAUCUUUUAUAUUAUGUUAUCUUUAUGUCAAGUCCCUCUGCCUUUGUGUCAGGAGAGUUCUGGAUUAGUGGUUUGUCCUCCUUUUUUGGUGGUUUGGAUCCUCCCCAGACCUUAUCCAACUCAGACUGUGUCUUCUCAUGUUGGGAGAACUCUCUUCUUAGGCAAGCUGGGAGGAAUGUGGGGGGGGGGGGAUAGAAAUGACUUGUCUGUACAUUAACCUACAUAUACAAUACAUACUAUACUAUACUGUCUAACAUAGAGGGCAAAGCAUACAAAUCAAAAAAGAAGAAUAUACAUGUACAUGUGUGGUAGAGAACUAGACAAACACUGACUCAAUAAUCAUUGAUUAAAGCUGGUCUUGAAAUGAAA